AUGAACAAGACUCCUAUAGCAAUGAAAGAUGGAGAGAAGAAAGAACCAGCUAAGGUGUAUAAAUCUAUUGCUCCAACAACAGUUGCUACAACAAAUAGAAGUUACAAUUCUUCUAAUACACAACCACUACAAAAAAAUGUUCCUGCAUUUCUUAACAAACUUUAUAGUAUGGUCAAUGAUCCCGAAUCGGAUGAUCUCAUAUGUUGGGCAGAAGAUGGUGCCUCUUUUUUCGUAAAUCGUCAAGAGGAAUUUGCUCGCAAAGUAUUGCCAAGGUUCUUUAAACAUAAUAAAUUUUCAUCUUUUGUUCGACAGCUUAAUAUGUAUGGAUUCCAUAAAGUACCUCACUUACAACAAGGUGUGCUAGAAACAGAUAGUGAAUCAGAACGUUGGGAAUUUAGUAAUCCUCACUUUCAACGUAAUCAACCAGACCUUUUAUUACUUGUUACUCGUAAAAAGGGUCCUGCUUCAGAUGAGAAAGAAAUCUCUAAUAUUGAUCUGCAACACAUUCUGGAAGAAAUUCAAUCUAUUAAAAAACAUCAAAUGAACAUUUCAACACAAUUACAAGCAAUUCAAAGGGAUAAUCAAGCAUUAUGGCAAGAAACCGUACAAGCUAGAGAAAGACAUCUUCGUCAUCAGGAAACUAUUGAUAAAAUUUUACGAUUUUUGGCAUCUGUAUUUUCGAAUGGUGAAAAAAGGCCUGCAAUAUCAAGAAAGAGAAGAUUUUUGUUGGGGCCUGCUGAAGGAGAUGAUCAUGAAGCUGAAAUUGAAGAUGGACAGCGUAAUAAUGAUAUGAAUAAUAAAACGAAUAUAAAAAAUAAUGAACGACCUAAGAAGAUGGCACGUCAACAAGAUUCAUCAAACAGUUUAAAUCCUGCAACCUUCAAUAUAGAAGAUUAUGUUAAUGAAAAUAACGAUUUAAUAGGAUUAAGCACAACUUUACCUGCUCACUUGAAAAAUUCUGCUACAACUACACCUUCAUCCGAUUUAGAAGAUGCGAUUGCUUUGAAUGAUCAAUCCAAACAUGAUACAUCUUUGUCAUCCUCAAGUGAUUUUUCGAGUAUUUCUAAUGUACCACAUCUACAAAAUCUUCAAAGCUUGGUGUCAUUAGCACAAACUAAUCCCGACUUACUUAAUCAAUUAACUAAUGAAACUCUUUUUAAUAACAAUUCGUCAGCAUCAUUUUUAACAGCUUUACAACCACAGCAAUCUCAAUCCAAUCAUCAUCAUCCUGUUCCUAACUUUCCUGUAGCUUCAACUAAUUUACCCACGACUGUUACAUUUCCAAAUAUGGCAACCCCUCUGAAUACGACCUCUAAUACAAACAACACAAAGUCUUUAACUCAAGUGACAAAUACUAUUUCUAACAUUGCAAGCUCAGCAGAUGCUUUAAAUCAAGACAUUGACGAAUUAGGAUUAAGUUUACAAGCUCUAGCUCAACAUCUUGGAUUUGAUCCUACAAAAAUUAGUACACAAUCAUUGUCUGAAACCACAGGUCAAACAAAAAUAGAAGAUGGACUCCAUGAAAGUGACUUGAUAAAUAUGGAUGAGUUUUUAAACACAUAUGGUCCCGAUAUCCCUUCAAAUGAAAAUGUAUCUGAUAUUUCAUCAGCCACUAUCACAGAUAUUCCCUCCAUUUCAAGCACAAGAUCGCCAAGCCCUGUCGUCUCAGCGUCUAAUACAAUAGAUCAAGCUAAUCAUUAA